UCCACACUGUCAGCACAGAGCCUGACGCAGGGCUUGAACCCAAGAACCGUGAGAUCAUGACCUGAGCUGAAGCCAGAUGUUUAACCAACUGAGACACCCCAGCACCCCGGUGCUCUUCCUUUUAAAACAGAAGUUCUAUUUGGGACACCUGGGUGGCUCAGUCAGUUGAGUGUCCAACUCUUGAUUUCAGCUCAGGUCAUGAUCCCAGGGUGGUAGGAUCGAGGACCAAGAUGGGCUUCCGAGCUGAGUGUGGAACCUGCUUGGGAUUCUCUCUCUCUCUCUCUCUCUCUCUCUCUCUCUCUCUCUCUCUCUCUUUCUAAAAUAAAUAAAGAAUUACAAGACAGCAGAACUUUAAAUCAAGUAUGGGCCAUUUCUGAGCAUGGGAUCCUGGAGGGACUACACAGGUCACACACUCAUUAGGCCAAGCGCCUAAUAGACACCCAAAAACUAGUUAUUGGAGUGAAUGCAAAUCUAAGAAAAGCCAGGCUCUAAAGAGCUCUGACAUACAAACUGAUAAAAGAUUAUGAACAGAAACCAGCCUGUGUGUGAAAGGGGUGCAUAAUUUCUCAACUGCAGGGUUGGCCGUGAGGUGAAAAAGAAGAUGUCCACUCUGUUCUCCUUGCAAAACACCAACAUAGGCUGUAAAUCCCUUGAGGGUCUUGACUGGAGCGUUUUCAUCCUGACUUCCCUCACAGGGCCCUGCACAUAUGUGGUGCUCAGUGAAUAUUUGAAAUGAACUCAGCUGGUCCUGGGUGUGGAAGGAGAGAAGGAUGAGGAGUUAUAAAGGAAAUACACCUUUCUUUAGUGCAAACCUCACUAAAUUCAGGAGGAGGGGAGCUGGCCUUCAAGGUUGUCCUCUUAGUAUAUGGCAAAUGGUUCAGAGCUAGACUCGGCCAUCAGAUUUUUAGAAAACCAGUACACUGUGGGUGUUGGGAUCUUAUGGUGCAUUUGGCAUUUCUCCGGUAUAUGAAAUGCUCUGUAAUGAGAGUGAUCAUUUUGUGAUUAAUGCAAAGCAUUAAUCCAGAACAAAAACACACUUCUCUGAUCCCUCUAAGUGAGGAGUAUGGGAUAGAGUUGGUUGUUUUUGUUUUUUGUUUUUUUUUUUUCACUAUUCCUGAAUCACAUGUUGAUCCCAGGAUAGGGGGGCAUGAGGUUAAUCUCACCCUAAUCAUUUAGAUGAUGCCCUCAUAGAAGAGCAGGGAUCUGUUAUUAGAAAAAGGUGAAUCAGACUCUGAAUAGGCAAAACCAACAGACACUCGGACAGUCUCCUCGUUUUAAUCCUCCCUCGUGUUCUCACGGCCAUAACCUGACCUUGCCCCAGCCCUGUAUUUGGGAUGUGGGCUUUCACCUGACCCUCCAAGUUGGCCCGGCCUCCCGGUUUUAGCCCAUCCUGUUGCCCCAACUCUGAAACUGGUUGUCCAAACUCUGAUUUUCUUUCAACAUGAAAAAUCCCUUCGCGUACAGUCAGAAAUGUCUCAAUAGUUAUCUCAGAAGGCUCUCCAACCCAGGGAGAAAAGUUGACGGUUAUGGCGUUUCUACUGCUAUAUAUACGCAAAUAGAAGGUUCCCCAAAACAUGAAGUAAUUCUCCAUUUGCCCAGUAAGAAGAUUCAAAACACAUGUUUGAGGCCAACUUGAAUAUAUGCAAAUUUAGGAAUGCAGAUUACAUAGUGGAAUAUCUGCUUCUAAUGUUUUAGAUCAUUUGUUCUAUAAAUUGAUAAUUUGAGUGAUGGUUGUCUGAUGCUGUCCCUCUUUUUGAAGUGGUUUUAUUCAGCCUCCUCACCUGCACCUGUGUGUUGGUCCUGACACAGAAGCCCCUCCUGGACUCAUCCUUGUAGGUCUCCUUGGAGUCACUCCUGCCGAAGGCAUUUGAGCUACAGCAUUUUUUUUUAAAUCUCCAUAUAUGGUAUUUCAUUGGGAAAACUAUUGCAUGACAUUUUUUUCCUUCCCCCAUCCAUGGUCUUCCAGCCUAACCCCCCACAGCAUGGCCUUUUAAAGUGAGGUAUAAGUGAUUCAUUUAUUCAAUUUUUCUUUCUUUCUUUUUCUUUCUUCCUUCCUUCCUUCCUUCCUUCCUUCCUUCCCUCCUUCUUUCUUCCUUCCUUCCUUCUCUUUUUCUUUCUUUCUCUCUUUCUUUCUCUUUCUUUCUUUCUUUCUUUCUUUCUUUCUUUCCUUCUUUCUUUCUUUUCUUCUCAUUUAUUCUAACAUCCAGGCCCUCCAAUUGCGAAAUCCCAUGCCCACAAAUAAUUACUAAGUCUGUAUUGAAUUGUUUGCCAUCUUUUCCACUGAUUUCCUCAAGUGACCCGUAUAAGCAUCUAAAUUUGGCACUGAUUGAGAUUGUUUCAGGCUAUUGUGCCUUCUCAGACUGUAUAUUGUGGUUCAAAGUAAGCAGAGUCUUUGAAAGGACUUCAAGGUAAAAUCACUUACUGCUCAGGGGUAAGAUAUCUUUUGGUAGAGGGAAGGGCGGAAUAUUUCCUCAUUAAAUACAUGUGGUAUAUGCCUAUCUGUCAGGCAAAUUCUUUGUGUUCUGCAUGCAUCAUGUCAUUUAAUUCCUCCAACACCUCUAAUAAGACAGGGAUUUUUAUUUCCAUUUUACUAAAGAGGAAAUGGAUUCUCAGAGAAGUCAGGUAGCUUUUCCAAGGACAAACAGCUACCAAAACCCAGGUUUGAGUCUAGAAUUCAUGUCAUUAACCAUACCACACACUUGCACAAAAUUUCAGAAGGUUCUUUUUUGGGGGGAUGGGAGGAGCAUGGUACCAUGUCAGAAGCUAUUACUUAACUGUUCUAAAAAUAAUAUAUAUAUUUAUUAUUUUUCCUGGAUUCUGUAUAUUUUUCUUUCCACCCCACUUUGGAGUGUAAUGUACUGUGAUUUUUUUCCCUGGCCAUUGAGUUAGUUCAAUAGUAUUGAACAAAUGUCUUUGUUAAAUGCAAAUAAUAAAAUAGAUCUUUCUGUGAGAUCCCAGUCAUCCUGCCCAGAUUUUUUGUUUGUGGCUGGCAUCCCUGCCAUUGACUGGUAUUAAGAUUGCCUCGUGGAAUUCUGGGUUUCUUUCCAAGUAUAAACGCUGGUGACAUAAAAUGGCUAUGAGUACACAGUUUGAGUUCCAUAUUAUUUCUAUUUAUAGCAUUAAGUCACCUGCCUUGUGCAGAAUGUGUACCGACUAAAGCACCAAAAGUGAAGUUUGGAUUCUUAGAUAGCAUAGCCCACCUAUGAAUGAUUAUCCAUCCCCGAUCAUGCAUCAUCCGUGAUGUUUAGAGAACAGUAAACAACGUUCCUUCGUGUAUUUUAAAGAUGUAAUGAAGAGAAACUUUAGGUAGCCAAAAGAAAUAGAAGUUUUGGGGUUUUUUCCUCCCUGUUGCUCGCCUGACUCAUGUUGAAAGGCUUUUGUUUCUAAUCAAAGCAACAAACGGUAAGGUCAUUUCCUUGCGAUUAUAUGGCAGCGGAAGGCGUCAGGGUUUUUAGGUCCCUACUUCCACCAGCUUGUAUUUGGAGAAAACCCACACACACACACACACACACACACACACACACACACGCCACAAGUGCUUAAUACAUGUGUCCUUUGUCCUGCACAUUCUCUCCAGUCCCUUUAAAUGAGCCGAGAUCAUGGUUCGGAGAUGACAGAGGGCAGGCACUGCCAGGUGCACCUCCUGGAUGAUAGGAGGCUGGAGCUGCUGGUUCAGCCCAAACUUUUAUCAAGAGAAUUGCUGGACCUUGUGGCUUCACAUUUCAACCUGAAAGAAAAGGAGUACUUUGGAAUAACAUUUACGGACGACACAGGUCAGCAGAACUGGCUACAGUUAGAUCACCGAGUUCUUGACCAUGAUCUGCCCAAGAAACCAGGCGCAACCAUUUUGCACUUCGCUGUGAGGUUUUACAUUGAGAGCAUAUCAUUUUUAAAGGAUAAAACCACCGUGGAGCUUUUUUUCCUGAAUGCAAAGUCCUGUGUACUCAAGGGGCAAAUCGAAGCGGACAGCGAAACCAUCUUCAAGUUAGCCGCACUUGUGUUACAGGAAGCCAAAGGGGAUUAUACCAGUGAUGAAAAUGCCCGGAAAGACUUAAAGACAUUACCAGCCUUUCCAACCAAAACCCUUCAGGAACAUCCAUCCCUGGCUUACUGUGAGGACAGGGUGAUUGAGCAUUAUUUGAAAAUCAAAGGUCUGACCCGGGGUCAAGCUGUGGUUCAGUAUAUGAAAAUAGUAGAAGCUCUACCAACCUAUGGAGUCCAUUAUUAUGCAGUAAAGGAUAAACAAGGACUUCCUUGGUGGCUUGGAAUCAGCUACAAAGGAAUCGGCCAGUAUGAUCUGCAAGAUAAAGUGAAACCUCGGAAAUUAUUCCAAUGGAAACAGCUCGAGAACUUGUAUUUCCGUGAGAAAAAAUUUGCCGUUGAAGUUCACGAUCCACGGAGGAUUUCUGUGUCAAGAAGAACCUUUGGGCAAAGUGGCCUCUUUGUGCAAACGUGGUAUGCAAACCCUUCUCUCAUCAAGUCCAUCUGGGUAAUGGCAAUUAGUCAGCAUCAGUUUUAUUUGGACCGGAAGCAAAGCAAAGCAAAAAUUCCUUCAGCCAGGAGUUUGGAUGAUAUCGCGAUGGAUUUGACAGAGACAGGAACACCAAGGGUCUCCAAAAUGGUGACACUGGAGGCAAAAAGUCAGUUCAUCAUGGCGAGUAAUGGCAGCUUAAUAUCUUCAGGUUCUCAAGACUCAGAAGUUAGUGAGGAGCAGAAGAGGGAGAAAAUCCUCGAGCUCAGGAAGAAGGAGAAGCUCUUGCAAGAAAAACUCCUGAAGAAAGUCGAGGAGCUUAAGAAGAUCUGUUUGCGGGAGGCUGAGCUCACGGGCAAAAUGCCAAAGGAAUAUCCGCUAAACGUCGGUGAGAAACCGCCUCAGGUCAGAAGGCGUGUGGGCGCCGCAUUCAAACUGGAUGACAACCUGCUGCCCAGCGAGGAGGACCCUGCUCUACAAGAACUGGAGAGCAAUUUCCUAAUACAGCAAAAGCUGGUUGAAGCUGCGAAGAAACUUGCCAACGAGCCAGACCUUUGUAAAACCGUGAAGAAAAAACGAAAGCAGGAUUACACGGAUGCUGUGAAAAAGCUUCAGGACAUUGAAAACGCGAUAAAUGAAUACCGGAUCAGAUGUGGAAAGAAACCCAGCCAGAAAGCAACAGUGAUUUUACCAGAAGACAUAAUCCCAUCAGAGAGCAGCUCCUUGUCUGACACUACCACCUAUGAUGAUUCUGAUGCCUUCACUCUUGCUGGGCAGCGACCAAGUUCAGUACCUCAUUCUCCAAGAAUUCUUCCCCCCAAGUCUCUCGGUAUCGAGCGAAUCCAUUUCAGAAAGUCGUCUGUCAAUGAACAGUUUGUGGAUACCAGGCAGUCCAGGGAAAUGCUGUCGACACACAGCAGCCCUUACAGAACCCUGGAGAGGCGGCCCCAGGGAGGACGCAGCAUGCCCACCACACCGGUUCUCACCCGCAACGCCUACAGCAGCAGCCACUUGGAACCCGAAUCUUCUUCCCAGCACUGCCGCCAGCGGAGUGGAAGCCUUGAGUCUCAGUCCCACCUGCUGUCUGAGAUGGACAACGAUAAGCCAUUUUUCUCCCUCUCCAAAUCCCAAAGAAGCAGUAGUACGGAAAUCCUGGAUGACGGGUCUUCCUACACCAGCCAAUCAAGCACAGAGUAUUACUGCGUGACGCCUGUUGCUGGCCCCUAUUACACUACUCAGACUCUGGACACUCGUGCCAGGGGCCGGAGAAGGUCUAAGAAACAGAAUGUUUCGACUUCAAAUUCAGGAAGCAUGCCCAACCUAGCACAAAAGGAUAGUUUGAGGAAUGGCGUCUACACAAAGAGUCAGGAACAACCUUCUUCUAGUUACUAUAUUGCCGGGUACACACCAUAUGCAGAGUGUGACCUUUAUUACAGCGGCGGCUAUGUCUAUGAGAAUGACACUGAGGGACAGUACAGUGUCAAUCCUUCCUACCGGUCCUCGGUCCACUAUGGAUACGAGCGCCAAAGGGACUAUAGCAGGUCCUUUCAUGAAGACGAGGUCGACCGGGUACCCCAUAACCCAUAUGCAACUCUCCGGCUGCCCAGGAAGGCUGCAGCUAAGUCAGAGCACAUCACCAAAAACAUCCACAAGGCCUUAGUUGCCGAGCACCUGCGUGGCUGGUACCAGCGGGCCUCUGGACAGAAGGAUCAGGGGCACAGCCCCCAGACUAGCUUUGACUCGGACAGGGGAUCGCAGAGAUGCCUUGGGUUUGCUGGGUUGCAAGUACCCUGCUCUCCCAGCAGUCGAACAUCUUCCUACUCUUCAGUAUCUUCUACAAAUGCUUCUGGGAACUGGAGGACCCAGAUAGCUGUAGGGCUAUCUGAAUACGAGACCCCGGCACAUUCUUCCUACACCAGCUGCUAUGGCAACAUCUAUAAUCCUUUGCCCUCUCCAGGCAGACAGUACACAGAGAUCAGUCAACUGGACAGUACAGAUGGAAACCGGUUGGAAGAAAGCCUGAAGAGUAGAGAGCAGAGGCUCUUUUGGCACGAAGAUUCAAAGCCUGGAACAUUAGUCUGAACUGUACUUGGACCUCUUGACCAAGCACCGCGUUCUCACACUAGUGUGCCUUGCAAAAUGUGUUCGUCUUCCCAGAAAGCUGUUUGGCUUUAGAAAGCUAAAGGCAUCAAAGGUUGAAGAGAGGACUCUUGCUGCCCUGGAAGUGAAUCACACUCUAAGGCCACGGAAAAGCCCCUGAACCACAUGCCUUUCCAGCUCCGGGCACUAACCUAACAGCAAGGUGGAACCAUUGCCAAGGACAGACUCAGCCUUUAUCAGUAGCAAGCACUUGUUAAGGGAAUAAAAGUUGUUGAAGGCAAACCGUAAAACUGUGAAAAGUGUGUUCAGGGUCUCUAAUAGGAAGGAAGGUUGGGAAAUUUCAGAGCACAGUUCAGCAUGAUGAGAAGAAGAACAACGAGGAGCUCCUCAGUCAUUGCUCACCAUCAGAAAGUUUGGAGUUGUGAGCCGGCGAAGAAUGACAUGCCAUUUCUACAUGGACGUCAACAAUUGAGACAGUAUUGGAAAAUUACUUGAAGAGAAGCUGGAUUUUCAUGAAGUUCUGAAUGAGUGUAAAUGUUUUUAGGAUAUUAUAAAGAGUGAUGGUUUUCAUAAGCACCAUAAAAUGGGUUCCGGAAAGACUUACUGCUGGAGCAUCCUGUAAUAUAACUUUAUGGUAGCAGAUUGGGGAAAACACAGCAGCCCACUGAAUAAUUGACAAACUCUGCUUGGAGAAUUUUCUAAGGUCCAAUAUUAUUGGGCUGCUUUUUUCUUUCUACACCAGUGGCCUGAUGGGUUAUUAUUCAGGCUGGUAACUCUCCAAUUUGAUUGUCAUUUGAAAUGGCAUACCUGACAUGGAGAGUUUUUAUAAUCAAGAGUUUGAAAAACUAUUUUAAGGUAAUACACAAAGAACCCAAAACAAAACAAAAGCCACAUCAUUUUAGAUGAAUUGCGUGCCUUAAAAUGGUGAACAUUAGGAAAGUAAGCAUAUUGUCCAGAUCCCACAGAGGGUUCUAAGUCACCAAGUGACAAAAACAAGAUUAGUCAUUAAAAAGGAAAAAACAAAAGCAAAACAAAACAAAAAACAACAAAAAAAAACACAAAAAACUCCAAGCUGCAGAUUUAAUUAUGAGGCUAAAACUACCUCAUACUUCACUUGGAAGAACUAAUUAGCUAUGGUUUAUGGUAGGAUUUAAAAAAAAAAAAAAUUCCAUAUUCUAGAUUGAUCUUUUUUGUCAUCUUCACUCUGCUUCAAUAUUCCAUAAAAGGUGCUCCCUACCCCCCCUUUUAUACAGGUUUCAUGUUCCUAUUGUGAAGAGAGAAGUUUCUGAACAACUUUUUUGGAACAUUUUCUAUCUAUAUUCCAAAGCAUGUAAUAUAUACAUAAAGAUGAUUUGUUAAGCUGGUCCUUAGUCAUUUGUAUCAUUAAAAAUGAAGUUUGGGGAACAAAUUUGGAGCAAAACAGAAGACAUGCAGAAAAAUAAUAACUUAUUCCUUUUUGCAUAUUUGUAUAGCCUUCUAGAAACAGAAAUACUUUUGCAUAUUCUUUUACUGUUCUGACUUUUUAAGACCUAUUAUUUUUUUACAUAGGUCAAUAAACUGAAGGUGUGCUACUGAAAAUGUUUACGUAUUCUUCCAUUAUAUUCAGGGUUCAUCCAAAGCAGUUUGAAGUGUUCUACUUUAUGUAAUCCUCUUGGACAAGAUUGCAGAUUUUUAGUUGUAGUAUUACCAUAUUUUACUGACGCCAAGGUGCCCAUCUUUUCACAUUUACAUCCUUGAAAUCAGGAUGCAUCUUUUGACUGAUGGCAUGCUCUAAAGGAAUUGGCAGUGUUUUUUUCUUUCUUAGCGCUACAUAAAAUGAUGCUGUGUCUCACAAUAAAGUUGUCUUAGAACUGAUGAAAUACGGUAGUUUAUUGCCUCGCUGAGGAUGACAGAUGUGAAUUUUUAGGCUUCCCGGUCUUGUGAAUGUUGUUUGUUUGUAACAAGCCCUUCAUCCUAGUUUUGCAGAGUCGCAAACUGGUCUUUUAAAUUCAGGAAAAUGUUUCAUCUGGCAUGUAUUUGUCCUGCACAAUGGGGAGAAGGGAAUGGGAAAUGAAAUGUAGGAAGACCUUAAUACUUCCGUGCAAGUAUCUUAAAUGGAAAUAGCCUUCUUCUGUUCAAGAAAUGGAAUGCUCAGAACUGCAAGUGGGCCUGGAAAGAACGCGUGGAACUUGGCCCCCAAAUAUUUAAAGAAGGUAAAGAAAUAGAAGCACCGGGGGCUUGCUGUAUGAUUUUUUUUACCCGCUAUCUUUUUAGGAAAACCUCUCUCAACUGCAUUUUCGGUAUAUUUAUUAAUGACCAAAACAUGACAGAGGCAAAUUGUUCAACAUCACACAUCGAUCUGUUUCAUAUUACGGUGUAUCAUAUAGUCAUGAUAAAAAUUUGAAGUUCAAACACAAAGCAAGUAUAUAACAUGAGAACAUAAUCGCCCCUGGGAGCCUAACAUUUCAGAUGUAAGAACUGAUUUUUUUUUUCAGACUGGUUAAUUUAUAUUAGUUCAGGUUUUCUUCUAUGUAUAUAGUAAUUUUUUUAAUACAGCAUCAUAUUACAAGUACAGUUUACAACUUGUUUCUUCACUGAACAUACCUUGGGCUUCUCUGUAUCAGUAUAUAUUUCGAUCUACCUCAUAAAAAUGUAUAUUUUACAAGGUGGAUUUUUUAAAUUGCCUCACCUUCCUUGCUGUUUAUAUUUUUUUUCUAUAUUUCAGAAAAUUCUUCACAAUCUUUCUUGUACUCAUAAAAGCUUAAUGUUAUAAGCAAUAAAGAUUCCAGAAUUGUCUCAAACUAUUAAGUUUGGCCUGUUCUUAGGAACAAAGGUUCAGACUAAAGAGUUCCUUCAAAUGUUAGUCUUUAAGAGCAUUCAGAAGUGGAAUAUUGACUAUUGUCAGGACUGUAGAAAAAUUUGGAUUAUUUUCUAGAGUAGUUAUUUUCAAAGGACCAGUUGUGAAAGUCAAGUUUUUAAAAUUUUGAACUAUUGUGGGCCUAUAGUCUUGUGAAGAAAAAUAAAAAUGAAUUACUAAGGAAAAAAGUUAACUGAAAAAAUGAA